AGUCCAAAAGGGCCGAAAGGCGGGAGUCUGAGCCAUGGCGGCCUCCCGGCUACCCCCGACGGCCUUAAGCCUGAAGCAGUUCCUGAGAAGACAACAGGUUCUUCAGUUAUACAGGAAAAUCCUCAGGACCAUUCGUCAGAUCCCCAAUGAAGCCGAUCGUCGGUAUAUGAGAGAUUGGGCGAGGGAAGAUUUCAAAAAGAAUAAAGAGGCUACAGAUGAGGAUACAGUUAAGAUGAUGAUCACUCAAGGCAACCUACAGCUUCAGGAGCUUGAGAGAACACUAAAAUUGGCAAAAUCCUAGGCUUAAUUCUGCUUACAAGUCAAAGCAAUUUUUCAUUGCAGCUAACUGCAAGGACAUUAAGCGGGAGGAGCCCUGCUGAGAAUCCAAAGAUGUCCAAAGACUUCCCAAAAGUCAGACGGAAGACCUGCUGAAUACUCUUUGUCAUGGUAUAAAUGCCAUAAGCCUGAAGGUUAAGGUGCAAUAGGAAUAAAACAAGCAAUAGCAGCAACAUCUGGACAAUGUGAAAAAUGCAAAAGUAGAUAAAGGGAAUUUGAUACCUUAUAUUUAGGAAUUGCACUUGUAAAUACAAGAAUACCAUGAAGCUGUGGAACAAUUAACUCUUAAAUGUGCUGUUUACCUAGAGCAAUGGUG